AGCAGAUUUGGGGAAAUGGAAGAGAGUCAAACCAGUCUCGUCUGGUUUCGCGGCUUUUUGCGUAGGAGAGUCACAGAGAGUUUGGCGUUGCGUUUCUGACAAUAUUCUCUCUGCGCCAAACGGAGCAAUCUUCGCGUUUCUACUCUCCAUCUCCAUCUCUCUCUCUAUCGCUCUAACCAGUGCUGGGCAGUCUCUGAACCCACACAAAAGAACAAAAAUUCAAAAGAAUUCACAUGCCCUCCACCCGUUUGCUGGAAAACCAACUUCUUUUGUGUUUUUUUUUUUGUUUUCUAGGGUUUUUGCUCUGAUCUGGGUGCCGUUAUGUGCUCUGGGUCUUCCUUUUUUACUGCAGAAAUACGAGAUCUCGGAGAGUGUGGAGGCCAGUUGAAGCUCUUUGGGUUUUGAAAGGAGAGAUUUGUGUUUGAAAUUUUUGAACUUCUGUUUAUGAUUGGUACUAUUAGCUUAAAUAAAACCCAGUGUUUUCUUGUUGAACACUGGGUUUGCCAAUUUUUUCAAAAAUACAGUAUCAAAUUAGAGAAGAAUUGAAUUGAGCAGUCAUUCUUUGGCGAUGGAUUUCUUGAAAGCUAAGAAGUUUGGAAGAGGUCGCAAGCAAAAUCCAGAAAAUGGAGCAGAGGAUAAGCCUGUAUCUCACCCCAAAGAUUCAGAUUGUCAGGGAGCGGGUAAGCCCCCCGAAGCAGAAGAAGACGAUGAUGAUUUUAUAGCCAAUGAAAUCAAGAGGAGGCUGAAGGAGCUCCGACAAAACAGUUUCAUGGGGUUGAUUCCCGAAGAGGUGGCCCCUGAGGAAGAAGAAGAAGAAGAUGAUGAUGAGCAAGAAGAUGGGGAGAACAACCUUAAUCAAUUGAGGGACGUGGAAGCUGAAGGAAGACAGUUUUGGUCUGGAUUUGAUGCUGUGUAUGACAAAUACUGUGAACGGAUGCUGUUUUAUGAUCAUCUGCGUGAUCAGCAACUGCGUGAAUUUGUUUCUCAUGUCCCUUCUUCAACUCCAUCUCCAAGAUCUGCAUCCAAAAAGCUUGCAUCGCCAUUUCGGUGCCUUUCCAUGAAGAAAAUGGACGAACCUGAUGACGAAAUUGAGCACCUUCACCAGCCUGGAUUCAACCCUUACCAUGAUCUUGAAACAGCUUAUGUAGCUCAUUUAUGCUUGACAUGGGAGGUACUUCAUUGCCAGUACACACAGUUGAUGCAGAAAAUAUCCGGCCAGCCUGAGGCUUCCACAAUUUACAACCAUAGCGCCCAGCAGUUUCAACAAUUCUUGGUUUUGUUGCAAAGGUUUAUUGAGAAUGAACCGUUCGAGCACGGGUCUAGGCCAGAGGUUUAUGCCCGUACUAGGAAUUCAUUGAGUAAACUACUUCAAGUCCCUAAAGUUCAAGGUUCGGAUCAGAAGAAGUCAGAAGAGGAUGAGAUUCUUGUUCUAGCCCCGGAUCUAAUUAAAAUAAUUGAAAGUUCAAUCCUGGCAUUUCGUAAGUUCCUGAAAAUGGACAACAGAAAAACUGGCAGUGUUCGUCAUCUACUAGGAAGCCAGAACCAACUGGCUACACCCCUUCAACAGAUACAAUCCUCUCUCGAAAAAAAAGCCAUGAAACUUAAGGAUCUACGCAAGAGAAGAAAGAACACAAAAAACCAUUCGUGGCCUUCCACGCCAGGAGAUGUUGACCUGUUGCUUGGCCAAAUCGAUGUCAAAGUGAUGGCGAGGGUACUGAGAAUGGAAAGAAUAAGCAGGGAGCAGUUAUUCUGGUGCGAAGAAAAGAUGAAAAAGCUAAAUGUAUUCGACGGGAAGUUCCACAGGGACCCCACAAUCAUCCUCUUCCCCUGCUAAAGUCGUCACGCUCUUGGGGAUGGAACAGAUUCAAUCUUGACCGUGUACAUGUGUAUUAACAAGGAUUGAUAGACUUGUCCGCUCUUAACAUUAACUGGUCUUGUUUUAUGGGCAUUUCUGCUUUUUUUCUUGAGGUAGUUGUCUGCAGAUUAUAAAGAGACCAUCUUUUC